AUGCCUGAUGACGGAGGCCCGUGGUGGCCCACUCGGGCAGUUGCUUUUGUCCAGAGUUUCUUCCGGAAGCCCCUCAACAAGAACCUCCCUACCCCUCCCGCAAAGCUAGCUGCCGGCCGUCCUAACCAGCGGACCAUACUCAAACAUCUACCGGAAACAAAAUAUCUGGCCCAGACGCUGCCUGAUGCCGUCCAAGAUGUCCCUUUACCGUCAUUUGACCCCGGCGUUUUCGACAAUGAGAUGAUGAAACAGAAGCUGUACCCAUCCGUCGACCCGAAUGACCCGUCUAACGUGCGAGAGCCCGAGGGGAACAUCGUUGAGGGGACCUACGUAGACUAUCGGUUAUCGGCAAAUCACAGAAAAAUGCUGACUCCCCGUACUAGAUUCGCCUCGCUGUUCGAUGUUCUUGGGAUCGAAGCGACGCUGCCGCGGCGCCGUACGCUUGAAGAGCAAAAGGGCCUCUAUCAGUUCUCGGCGUAUCCAACAAACGGCGAUGGAACCCCAGCCCAGUACCCGCCACACAUCCAGCACGUACCCGAUGACCAAUCUGUCAGCGUGUUCAGGAUCUUCAACGUUGGAGGCUUGCUAGAGACGAGUGUCCUCCUGCAGAAGAUCAUACCCGAGGAGGACGGGAUCAAGGGCCGGACCAGCGAAUUCCUACUUGACAAGGCCCAGGCUGCGGCCUUCGGUGGCGACCCGGACAGGGGGGUCACGAUCCAGGAUGUUGUCGACUACAACAAAUAUCAUCGCAAAUUUGGGACCGACAUUGAACACGGCGGCAACAUCGGCCUGCUGGAUGACUGGUUUGGCGACCGGCGGUUCGCAGAUCAGCAGCUCACGGGCACCAACCCGACGACCAUCACGUGCGCCACCCCGGCCUGGAUCGCUGACUUCACCGCCGCGGCUCAAGCUGGAAACUACCGUGAAUGGGUUGGUGCUCUCACCAGAGCAAACCCAAAGUCUCUUUAUGUACAGGAUGGAAGUUAUUUCCGGAGGGCCGCCGGUGUGUCGGACCCUGUGACGAUCCUCCACCACAAGCAACCAGGCAGUGACGAGUGCUGGACUGUAGGCGCCGUCAGCCUCUUCCAGCUGCACGAGGAUGGGAAAUUACAUCCGGUUGCCAUCUGCAUCGAUUACAGAGGAUCGUUGGACAACUCCGUCACCAUCUUCAACAAACGGAUGUGCCCCAGCGACUCCUCCGGAAGCGAAAAGCAGGACUGGCCGUGGCGGUACGCAAAGACAUGCGCACAGGUGACCGACUGGAUGCGCCAUGAGCUGGCUGUGCAUCUAACGUGCUCGCACUUCGUCGAGGAAGCCAUCAUCGUCGCAACCAACCGCACCAUCCCCAUGGAACACCCCGUGUACCGCCUGCUCUAUCCCCACUGGUACAAGACCCUGUCACUCAACGCGGCCGGUCGUUCCACGCUCGUCCCCCAGAUCGCCGUCGACAUUGUGGGUCUCAGCCCGGACCAGACCUACCACUUCCUCUGCGACGCCUACGACACGUACGACUUUGUGGCGAGCUACGUCCCCAAUGACCUCAAGCGGCGCGGCUUCUCCAGCACGCUCAAGGGCCUCGCCCACCCGCGCUACCGCAACUACCCCUACGCCAAGAACGUCCUCGCCCUCUGGAUCACCCUCCGCGCCUACACCAAGUCCAUGCUGCGCAUCGCCUUCCCCACCGACGCCAGCGUCGCCGCCGACGCGGCCAUCCAGCACUGGGCCACCGAGAUCCAAACCGCCGGCCACAUGCCUACUUUCCCCACUAUAACCACCCUCGACGAACUCAUCGACGCCGCCACCAUGUGCAUCUUCAUCGCCUCGCCCUUCCACACCGCCAUCAACUACCUCCAAAACUUCUACCAAGCCUUCGUCGCCGCCAAACCCCCCGCCCUCUGCAGCGCACCCCCCACCACCCUCGACCAGCUCCGCGGGUACACGGAAGCCGACCUCGUCGCGGCGCUGCCCAUCAACCGCCAGCGGCAGUGGCUGCUCGCGGCCCAGGUGCCCUGGCUGCUGAGCUUCAAGGUGGAGCCCGACCGCAGCCUGCUCAACUACGCGGCCAGCCAGUGGCGCGUGUACCGGCACAAGACGGAGGACCAGGAUGUGCGCGUCAGGGAGGCGAGCGCGAAGCUGUACGCCGACCUGAAGAGGCUGCAGACGUGGUUUUAUCGGAAUAGCGUGGGCAUGGAUGAGGGCAGUAUUCCGUACAUGGUGUUGGAUCCGGGGUUGACGGCUGUGUCGAUUCUUAUUUAG